CCCAGUGGACCCCGAGCUCGCGCAGGCGGUGGAGGCUGAGACGGGACUGGGAUUAAGAUCCAACCUGCAGGAGUUUAUCUGAGCAGUUACAGUUAUGGAGACAUUGAUUAAGAACAAGAUUUUUCUCCUCAACACUCUGUCUACUGACGCCAGCAUCGUUUUGCAGUAUGUCCUGAUAGACAACAUCAUUACCAGUCGUGAAUACAACAAUCUUAACCAGCCCAAAUACGCCGAAGAGCAGACCAUCAUUAACCUUCUGGAUAAUGUGAUGAGCAAGGGUGAUGAGGCGUGUCACAAAUUUCUGAAGCUGCUGCAGCGUGAAGAUCUUCAGGAGACUUUCCCUCAGCUGAAGAAGCUCUUCACACCUGAUGAAACAUCACAGAAGAAAGUUCGACCUGCCACGGCAUCUGAUGAGAUCCAUGAAUACAAAAUGUCCAGUGAACCUCGUGGCGUCUGUCUGAUCAUCAGCAAUAUGACAUUUGAUUCACCUCUCAGGUACCGACAUGGAUCUGAUAAGGAUGAAGAGUCUCUUAAAGAGGUGUUUGAAUGGCUGGGUUUCACUGUGGAGGUGCACAGGAACCAAACUGCAGAAGAGAUGAAGGCCAUCCUGAAGACACAUGGCCAAAAACACCAUGAAGGUGACUCUUUCGUGUGCUGCAUCCUCACACAUGGCACCACUGAUGGGGUGUAUGGGACAGAUGGAGGCAUCGUCACAGGAAAGGACAUCUUCAGUCUAUUUAGUGGAACUUCCUGCCCAAGUCUGAUCAAUAAACCCAAAGUGUUCCUCAUCCAGACCUGCCUUGGAAAACUGUACCAACUUGUACCAGUUAAACCUGGCCAGGAGCAAACACUCCAAACAUAUGUUGAGAUCAGAAUUCCAGUUGAUGAAGAUUUCCUUGUGGUGCAGUUACCUGAUGAACCCUUUGUUUCACUUUCCAUCCAGCUCUUGUGUCACCACUUGAAAAGAUACUGUCCAGAGGGUAAAGACAUCGACUUCAUCCUGCAAAGGUCAUCUCAGUUUCAACCAGAUACUCAGAUAUCUACUCUAAACACAAUGAGGAAGAGGCUGGUGUUCCACGUGCCAAAGGGUAAAGACAUCGACUUCAUCCUGCAAAGGUCAUCUCUGUUUAAACCAGAUACUCAGAUAUCUACUCUAAACCCGAUGAGGAAGAGGCUGGUGUUCCACGUGCCAAAGUAUGAAUUCUUGAAAACAAGAAAAGAUUCAUCAGAUACGUCUUCAGUCAUGGAGACAUUGAUUAAGAACAAGAUUUUUCUCCUCAACACUCUGUCUACUGACGCCAGCAUCGUUUUGCAGUAUGUCCUGAAAGACAACAUCAUUACCAGUCGUGAAUACAACAAUCUUAACCAGCCCAAAUACACCCAAGAGCAGACCAUCAUUAACCUUCUGGAUAAUGUGAUGAGCAAGGGUGAUGAGGCGUGUCACAAAUUUCUGAAGCUGCUGCAGCGUGAAGAUCUUCAGGAGACUUUCCCUCAGCUGAAGAAGCUCUUCACACCUGAUGAAACAUCACAGAAGAAAGUUCGACCUGCCACGGCAUCUGAUGAGAUCCAUGAAUACAAAAUGUCCAGUGAACCUCGUGGCGUCUGUCUGAUCAUCAGCAAUAUGACAUUUGAUUCACCUCUCAGGUACCGACAUGGAUCUGAUAAGGAUGAAGAGUCUAUUAAAAGGGUGUUUGAAUGGCUGGGUUUCACUGUGGAGGUGCACAGGAACCAAACCGCAGAAGAGAUGAAGGCCAUCCUGAAGACACACGGCCAAAAACACCAUGAAGGUGACUCUUUCGUGUGCUGCAUCCUCACACAUGGCACCACUGAUGGGGUGUAUGGGACAGAUGGAGGCAUCGUCACAGGAAAGGACAUCUUCAGCCUAUUUAGUGGAACUUCCUGCCCGAGUCUGCUCAAUAAGCCCAAAGUGUUCCUCAUUAAGGCCUGCCUUGGAAAACUGCACCAACAAGCAUUUAAACCUGGCCAGGAGCAAACACUCCAAACAUAUGAUAAGAUCGGAAUUCCAGUUGAUGAAGAUUUCCUUGUGGUGCAGUUACCUGAUGAACCCUACUACACCUGGGGGAAUCCUAUGGGUUCAUCUUCCAUCCAGCUCUUGUGUCACCACUUGAAAAGAUACUGUCCAGAGGGUGAAGACAUCGACUUCAUCCUGCAAAGGUCAUCUCUGUUUAAACCAGAUACUCAGAUAUCUACUCUAAACACGAUGAGGAAGAGGCUGGUGUUCCACGUGCCAAAGUAUGAAUUCUUGAAAACAAGAAAAGAUUCAUCAGAUACGUCUUCAGGUGCUGAAUUUGUGGAUAAACACAGACAACAGCUCAUACAGAGAAUUUCUUCAGUAAUGGAGAUAGCAGAUUCUCUACGAUCGAAGGGAAUGAUUAGUGGUGAAAUAUACGGUGCAGUUCGUGUAGCAGCUACAUCGCAGGAGCAAAUGAGGAUCUUGUACGGAUUUCUCAAAUCAGGAGGAAGAGCUGUGAAAGAAGAAUUUUAUAAUAUCCUGAAGGAGAAGCACCGUUUCUUAGUGGAUGAUCUGGAGUCUGGAUCGAGUAUAGAAUGUUCUUCCAAAAGUAUUGAGACUACCUCUGACAAACUGGAAGGCGCUAGGGCAACGUCUACACAGAACCCUUACACUAUACACCACUCAGCAGACACAGAAGUAUUCAUUCCUGAAUUAGUUAAAGACCACCAUGAGGAAAGGAACAGUGAUGCAUACAGGUUUCUGUGCUCUGGUGCUGGUCAGUUUCAGUGUAAAUACACCAACCUUGUGUUUGAGAUGAAAGAGAAAGGUGAAGUGCUGUAUAGUAUAGUGUCCUGGGACAGCAGGCAGUUGGACGGCGUGGGACAAAUGCAGCCUGCAGGACCCCUGUACAACAUCAACUGCUCUGAGGGUUCGAUUUGUAAUUUCCAUCUCCCACACUGCGAGAUAGAUCCUGAUAAAAAUCAGACUGAACUGGCCGUGGCACAUUUCUGUGAUGGUAAUAUGGAGAUCGUUGAGCCUCUGAAAGUGACAGACACACAUGUGAUCAUAGACAUUAAAAAUCUCUCUGACUUUGGCCUGUUAAAAAAAAAGAAGGUCAAGGAAGAUCCGAUCAGGGCCCAAGUUCUACUUUUCUACACUGGAGUGGACGAGGGGAAUAAAGUGCACAUGCACUUAUUGCCCAGAAAUGUGGAUGUUAGAGAGGUACAGAAAAAAUUUCAGCAAUACAAAUACAUUGUGACCAGUUCCAAUUGUGAUCUGACUCCUCGUAAAAAAUACAGACCAUGCUGUGAGACUUAUAAACAUCAGCCGAAGACUGGGACAUUUUAUUGGGACUACGGGCCCAACUAUCAUCCCACAUUCGAGGUGCUGCUUAAGGAUGAAGUUGAAGAACUCACACUGGGUCUUUUGGAUGAACAUGACCAGGAGAUGUGGGAGUCUCGUCAGGUCUUUCUUACAGAUAAAAAUCAGACUGAACUGGCCGUGGCACAUACCUGUGAUGGUAAUAUGGGGAUCGUUCAGCCUCUGAAAAAUCUCUCUCUCUUUGGCCGGUUAAAAAAAAAGCUAUUUAAGGAAGAUCUGAUCAGGGCCCAAGUUCUACUUUUCUACACUGGAAUGGACAAGUGGAAUAAAGUGCACAUGCACUUAUUGCCCAGAAAUGUUCCAGUUGAAAAGGUACAGAAAAAAUUUCAGCAAUACAAAUACAUUGUGACCAGUUCCAAUUGUGAGCUGACCCCUCAUAAAAAAUACAGACCAUGCUGUGAGACUUAUAAACAUCAGCCGAAGACUGAGGCAUUUGACUGUGAAUACGGCCCCAACUAUCACCCCACAUUCGAGGUGCUGGUUAAUGCUGAAAUUAAAGAACUCACACUGGGUCUUAUGGAUAAACAUGACCAGGAGGUGUGGGAGUCUCGUCAGGUCUUUCUUACAGGUUAUAAGAGAGAAGCAGUUUUACCCAAUAUGGCUACAACAGGUGCUGAAUUUGUGGAUAAACACAGACAACAGCUCAUACAGAGAAUUUCUUCAGUAAUGGAGAUAGCAGAUUGUCUACGAUUGAAGGGAAUGAUUAGUGAUGAAAUGUACAGUGCAGUCAGUGCAGAAGCUACAUCGCAGGAGCAAAUGAGGACCUUGUACGGAUUUCUCGACUCAGCAGGAAGAGCUGUGAAAGAAGAAUUUUAUACAAUCCUGAGAAUCAGUCUUAGUGGAUGAUCUGGAGUCUGGAUCGAGUAAGGCUUAAAGGAACCUUAAAGGACACGUAGGACAUGCACGUGAUAUAUUUUAACAUAUUUAGUUGGCUAUAUAUUUAACCGAAUUGAAACAAACUAGUUGCCUAAUUUAAACCAGCGUGACCCUGACCAGGCACUUACUAAAGAUGAAUGAAUGAAUGCUGUAAAUGCAUUACGCAGCGCUGCACACUCACGUUAACAUUCAUUCAUGUAUUCAUCUUCUGUAACUGCUUUAUCCUUAUUAGAGUCGCAGUGCAUCCAGAGUCUUUCAUGUUAAUAUUCAUGGUAAUGAAUGUGGUUUUAGGGCAGGGGCGUCAAAUAUACACAGGACCAGCCCAAUAAAGGCUCUAAUCAGGCCCGCCAAAUCAAUUUAGAAUCCGUGUUUAACAUUAAAAUCGUCUUGCGGACUGUAAUUGAAUUGAAAGUUAAAAAAGACAGCUAGUCUUCCUUAUUCCAGUAGGGGAAAAAUUAAGCAAUAAACUCAGUUUACGUUACAAAAUUCUUUGUUUUGGUUUGCCACAGGGCAAAUUCGAGUGAUUUCAGUCCUCCUUGUGGUGCACUGGUAACGCACUCGCUUUUUAAUUCAGAUGUUGUGUGUUUGAAUCCAACUCUGGAUGAUCUUUAACUUGUGUAUUUUCAUAGAGAGCGUUUUCAGGUCAUUAGUUUUCUCCAUAACCAAGUCAGAGUGUUUUGGCCUGAGAUUAUUAUUUAUUUUCCAUUUCAGAGGUUUCUGUUUUUGAUAUAUAAUAAUAAAUGUCAGCAUGUAAUUUCUGGUUCUGACUCGUUCCUUAACCUCAGUUAUGUCACUCCAGCUCACAAUUGUUUUCAACUAGAGAUUAGUGCAGUACUGUUUUUAUUAUUUAUUCAUUUUUGCUUGUAAUAUUGCAAUAUUUUCUAAUGAAUCUAGUUGGUUCUAUUUUCCCAAAUUUAAACUAAGUUGUAGCCUAGUUUAAAACACCGAGUCUUACCAGGCAGGUACUAAGGAUGAACGAAUGAACGCUGUAACUGUAUCAUGCAGCAUCAGAUGUUCAUGUUAAUGAAAGUGGUUUUUGUCCUGUGACAUUCAUAUCUGAUCACUCACUCCUGUGUGAAAGUAAAAAUCUUCUGUUCUGGCAACAUUUUUGUUUUGUCCUGCUGGAUCUCAGUAAUGAUGGACACCUCUAGUCUCAACCAGACGCCCUGUAAACCUUUCCGGCAAGCUUUUUAAGAAACUAAUAGUGUGUCUCCUACUCAUAUCUGUAUUUAUAUCUGUUUAGAGCUCAUUAUCUCUUAAUUCUGAAUAAUGACUUCAUAUUCAGUUACAUCUCUAAUGCACACAUGAGUAAUGGCAGUUUUUGCUAAUUUUCAGGAUGAAUUUUAGAGCCGAGAUCAUUACUAUGAUUCACAUUUCAGUGUAUGGGUUUCCUUUAAGCUUUCUCUAAGCCUUACUCGAUCCAGACUCCAGAUCAUCCACUAAGAAAGACUGCUUCUCCUUCAGGAUUUUAUAAAAUUCUUCUUUCAAAGCUCUUCCUCCUGAGUCGAGAAAUCUAUACAAGGUCCUCUUUUGUUCCUGCGAUAUUCUAUCUCCAUUCCUAAAGAAACUUUCUGUCUGAGCUUUUAUCUGUGUUUAUCGGAGCGGUAUGUAGUUACAAGAGCAAAAAACAAAACAGAACUGUGAGUUCUACGAGGUUCUUGGAGGUUAAAGUGCCUCUGAGCUUUUCUACCUGGCAUAAAAAUCAUCAUAAAAGAAUCUUGUUUUGUUGGUUCCAGCAUAUGGGACUUUGAUCAAUAGAUAGCGCAAACAUGGGAGAACCAACCACCACCACACUGCGCUGCUGAAAAAACACAUGCAUCUCCCAAGUUCCAUAAGGCCUUAAUCACUUGAGCUCACUCUUCUCCAUCCUGGUUAUCCUGAGGUGCAUAAUACAUUCCAGCUAAUCCAAGCCAAGUACAGGUGGAGUUUCUAGGCCUAUGGAUGUGGUUGGAUGUGGAUGUGGUUCCGGACAAUUGGGAUGUCAGGCGUGGAAUUUUUGGCAUAGCAUUGAAUCAAGUAUGUCAUGAGCAGGAAUCCAGCUCCUCUCGUCUCGUCCAUUCUAGGAGUUGGAGUUUUUGUUUUGCGAGAAUGUGUAGUGAAAUGACAAAAGCCCCUCGAUAAGGAGGUCACUCCAAGAAUUUCACACCACAGCCUAAUAACACUUUAAUUCUAUAGAAAAUGCCACAAAAUCAUAAUACAUGCUAAUGAAAUAGGGCUAAUGAAUAAAUCAAAUAAAGUUGUAUGCCAGUCUUACCGAGUGAUGUCUCAACGUACAUGAGGAAGAAUGUGGUGUCCAGCAUGCUAAUGUGUUUUACAAAACCUUUUUUAAACAAACAAACAAACAAGCAAACAAAAAAACAAACAACCUUCUACUACAGUAAUUGUGAACAGAAUUUUUGGACAUGGAACAGAUAUUUAUGCCUAAAAGAAUAAAUUGUCCAACAUCUCCACAGGCCAGAAUACUUUGCUUAACUUGAUUGAUCAAUCUUUCUUUCUUUCUUUCGUUAAGGUACCCAACUGUACUUUUCUUUGUUGCUGAGGUGGUAAUAUCAAGAGUACAAAUUUUGUACUUUUAGUGUAUAUCUUUUACCUGGAAACCUUUACAAAUAUUUGAAGAUACAUAAUUAGAACGUAAGGUGUACUUUCCAGGUAAAAGAUACACACUAAAGGUGUAAAAGCUGUACUCUUGAUGAUACUACCCCAGAGACAUGGAAAGGUACCGCUCAGUAGAUCUAUUUCUGAGAGUGCAGAUCCUGAAAUGCUUUAAAGCACCGUGAUAUUUCCCUGAUAAUCCUGUGGAUGAGAAAUUCAUUACAUCAUGCUCCUGACUGUGGUUCCAAAGCACUUGGAAAAGGAAAAAGGGGGGUAAAUUUCAGGGAUGCUUUAAAGUGAAUAACUGAUUAAUAAACUGGGUUUUUACAUGGUUAUGUUACAUAUUUAGACCUGAAGGACACUACCUAUGAAAGUGGUUUAGCACAAAGAAGUACGUGUACAGUACCUAUUUUCCAUCAGCCUCAGUCAUUUGACUGCAAUGCAAAAGUUCACUGAAUGUUCUCUGUUCAAAUGUUCUUAUUUUGUCUUACAGCCGUGGAGACUGUGCAUAACAACAAGGUCUUUCUCAUCGACACUCUCACCGACGCCAGCAUCGUUUUACAGCACGUCCAGAACGACAACAUCAUCACCACACGCGACUACAACAAU